ACAGAGCAGUCGGGUCCGAGCGGAGCGGGGGAUAAACGCCGAUAAUUGUCGGGUUUUUUUCUUUUUUAACGUUUAAAACCCCAGCCCUCUAAGGGGGUUUAUUUCUUUCCAACUUCAGCUACAGUGAUAGCUAAGUUUGGAGAGGAGGGAAGGGAAAUAUUCGCGUUGUUUCGUAGGAAAUAUCUCUUUCUGUUGUUCUGUUAUUUCUUUGCUGAGGAUUAUUGGACACCAAGGAAUAAACGCAGCCUAGACUACAUUUGUUCACUGGAAAAAAAAAGUAUCUGCCGCAAACUUGGUCGACAUGGAAAACACAACAUCCAAGAAACGGUGUUGUGACUCUGUUCGUGAUUUCUUCACAUCUGCAAAGUUCCUGAUCUACCUUGGACAUGCCCUGUCAACCUGGGGGGACCGUAUGUGGAACUUCGCUGUAGCCGUGUUCCUGGUAGAGCUGUAUGGCAACAGUUUACUCCUGACUGCUGUGUAUGGCCUGGUGGUGGCCGGCUCGGUCCUGUUACUGGGCGCCAUUAUAGGAGACUGGGUGGACAAAAACCCACGUCUCAGAGUGGCCCAGACUUCCUUGCUCGUCCAGAACUGUGCAGUUAUCCUGUGUGGUGUCCUGCUGAUGGUGGUUUUCCAGUUCAAAGAACAGCUCACUGUCCUCUACAAUGGAUGGUUGCUUACAUCAUGCUACAUUUUGGUCAUCACCAUCGCCAACAUUGCGAACCUGGCCAGCACUGCCAUGUCCAUCACCAUUCAGAGGGACUGGGUGGUCGUUGUGGCUGGAGAUGACCGCAGCAGCUUGGCAGACAUGAAUGCCACGGUGAGAAUAAUCGACCAGCUGACCAACAUUCUGGCUCCGAUGCUGGUGGGCCAGAUCAUGGCCUUCGGAUCUCAUUUCAUGGGCUGCGGUUUCAUCUCUGGCUGGAACCUCUUCUCCAUGUGUCUGGAGUACUUCCUCCUCUGGAAGGUCUACCAGAAGACCCCAGCACUGGCCAUUAAAGCAGGCCAGAAAGACACUGGCGACCAGGAGUUGAAGCACCUCAACAUUCAGAAAGAACUGGAGAACCCAGAAGGCCCGGCAGAGGCUUCUCAGCUGAUGAACGAGGCUGCUGUGGUGAAGUCUGAUAAAGAGAAGAACCCAGGUUGCUGCUACCAGAUGUCUGAACCCCUGCGCACUUUCCGGGAUGGCUGGGUGGCUUACUAUAACCAGUCCAUUUUCUUUGCUGGAAUGUCCCUGGCCUUCCUCUACAUGACCGUACUGGGCUUUGACUGCAUCACCACGGGGUACGCCUACACCCAGGGCCUGAACGGCUCCAUCCUCAGCCUGCUCAUGGGUGCCUCGGCCGUGUCGGGCAUCUGCGGGACGGUGGCCUUUACCUGGGUGCGGAAAAAGUGCGGCCUGAUCCGGACCGGCUUCAUUGCUGGAAUGGCCCAGCUGUCGUGCCUGAUGCUCUGCGUGGUGUCCGUCUUCGCCCCCGGCAGCCCCUUCGACCUGAGAGUCUCUCCCUUCGAGAGCAUGAUCAGCCAUCUUCUGGGCAACAACGCCCCCUUGCCUGAGGCCCCCACCAUGUCCAGCAUGGUGACCACUGAAGCACAAGGCCUGCUCAACAUCUCCAUGCAGUCUGAGGAGAUGCCGCACAUCGAGUCCUACAUGUCUGUCAGUCUGCUCUUUGCUGGUGUAAUUGCUGCUAGAGUUGGUCUUUGGUCUUUCGACUUGACCGUGACCCAACUUAUCCAAGAGAAUGUGGCCGAGGCCGAGCGAGGGGUGAUCAACGGCGUCCAGAACUCCAUGAACUACCUCCUCGACCUCCUGCACUUUGUCAUGGUCAUCCUGGCGCCUAACCCAGAAGCCUUCGGCCUGCUAGUCAUCAUCUCCGUCUCCUUCGUUGCCAUGGGGCACAUGAUGUACUUCAGGUUCGCCUUCAAAAGUCUCAGGAGUCGGCUUUUCCUGUGCUGUUCGCCCGAGCAGAAAACAGAUGCAGACCCUCCCUCACUUGCUGUGUAAGCCAUUAAAGAGACGCUGCCCCCCCCCACCCGCUACGAUAGUAUCUGUAUUACUCUCUUACUCAGAGACAUUGUGCAUGGGAACCAUAUUGUACUAACAUGCUUGCAGAGCCAGAAUAUGUACCUGUAUUCAACCCAGAGCAUAGAUCUCAUUAGUCAUAAGCUAUGUUAGUAAAGCAAGGCAGUCAGGCAGUAGGCCAGUAGUUUAGAUCGGUCCCGUCUUCACGAGCUUGCAUUUUGUAUGCUUUAUGUUUUUGAGGUGCUUCAGAAAGGAUGCAAAAAUGAACACGCAAAACACAGACACAUACCUGCCUUCAGCGUUUAGUUCUCCAGUAAGCCUGGUCGCUGUUUCAGUAUAGCUCAACAGUAAGUCUGGCUGCUGUACCGUGUUGCAUGUGACCUGUGUGACCGUACCACAGGGAUAUUUAUUCAACAUUUUUGCCUGAUUGCCUGUUCAUAGUUAAUGCAUGCUUAAUUAUGUAGAGCUGCAGUACCAUUUUAGCAGUAUGUUGUUACUUAAUGGCAUUUAAGUUUUAGCUUUGUUUCCUGUUGCUUUUUUUUUGCCUCCCGGGGUGAUGUCUCUUUAAUAAGGCGAAUGGAAGUUACUCAUUCAGGAAUAUUAUUACACCUAUAGUCAACAUUGUGUAUGUCAGCUUUAGUGGUGCUAAUGUGUUAUUGCAAAAGCUAUGCACUCGCAUAUAUAGCUUUUUUUGUACACAUAUCCAAAGUGGAAUUAAUCUUUCAGAAAGAGGAAGUGAGGGAACAACGAUCGUUUUUCUGCCUUUAAACAUUCCAGAUAUUUUUGGUGCGAACUGAUAUAGUAUAGCCGUUUCUGUUGACGCAAGGCCCUGUUGCACUUAAUAAUUUCACAACACCUAAAUGGCGACUUAACUUCGAGCCCCAACCACACAAUUCACAAUUUUUUUUUAUUGUUUGAUUUUGUUUUGAUUCUAGAAGUUGAUUCUACUGUUUUUUUUCCUUAAGAUUGUUACACAAGCACUUUAAGUGAUUUAGACUUCCUUCAUUACAUAAGCGCAAACAAUGCAUCUUCAGGCCUUCCUGAUGUUUACUUUAAUACACUUUUCAAUGAUUGCCUUCUUGCACCAACAAUAGCAAAGAGAUUUGGAGUUCCAAAGAAGGAAUUCCACCAUUUUUUCAGCAUUUCUGCAUGAUUAAACGGUUAAGAUGUAAAUAGAGUUAUUCAGAGUGGUUUGUUGUGAGAUGCUCCAUUCUGGAGUCAGUGGUGGUGAAAGGAACCAGAUGUUCAGAGGGUUUAAUGUUUCUGAAAGCGGCAUCUCAGAAAGCUGCUGCAUGAAGUGGUUGUGAAUGCACUGCCUAAUGCCAGAGACUAUGUUUUAUGAGAGUUUUAAAGGUUUUGGCCUAAAUUUGUUUUUAAACAUACACUUGAGGCAAAAUAGUACCCAAAGAAAGCUUCAUUUUCAGGUUUACCACUAUUUGAUCACUGUCUACAUUACAUAAAAAACUCAAUGCUCAUUUUGGACUGAGUAAAAUGGCUAUAUUAGCAAUGUAUAACCUCAGUUACAGUCACCACCACUGUACAGAAAAGUCUGUAUGUCUCUCUGCAGUCAAACCAUUCUGAAUGAAUCUCAACCAGUGAAUUAUUCAGACAUUUUGAAAAAUAAGUAGAAUUCCCGUUUAAUGUUAGUGGACCUGCUGCCCAACUGCCCCAGCCCCAGCUUUAACCUUCUCCCCCACCCUCGCCUGAAAUGCCUUCAAAAACAGGAUUUCGAGAAGUGGCGGCCCGUUUGGAAGAAUCACACUGCUCAUAUGACACCAUAAGUCUUAUUCAGAGUUUCCACCUUGCAGAUUCAGCAGACUUGUCGCUGCAGACCUAAAGUAAACAAUUCCACUUAUUUUAGGCCAUGUUUGGUGUUAGCUAUCCAACAACCAGCCAAACCAGAAAGCGCAGACUUGGUCUUAUUGACAUUACCUCCUCUGUUGGAAACCGCAGCUGGCAAGAGUGACACGCGAGGCAUUUUGUAAUAGUUGUAUAACGCCGAGACUAGAGAGCAGCAUGGGUCGGCCAUAUGUAGGAAACAGGGAGGGCAUUAUUCUGCUCUUAAGGCAGAAUGCUGAGUCAGCACUGCAGCAGUGGACUGCUUUGUUGGGGGUUUUUGGCGAAGGGCAGCUGGCCUCUACAGAAACGCAGGUGUCACGACCCACUGUUGAUCUUCAGCCUUGAUGUUUGCCCCGAAAAUGUAAAGCACGUUUUCAGCAACAGGGCACUUAUCACUUGAGCUCUUCUUGUGAGAUUGUUUCAGGACUCUUUCGUUAGACUUUGAGCAAAUUUACUACAUUGGUGAAUGUUUGUGAAAAAUGAUUUGUGUCAUGUCGUUGUGUUUUCUUAUGUGUGAAUCCUUUUUUGUACAUCUGUAAAGUAUUCCAGUGUUUCAGUGUCUGAAAUGAAAAGCCUCCUGGCUUUGCUUUUCCUCCCAACUGUAAUCCUUUAGUGUUAAACAUGUACCACUUCUAUAUGCUGCACAAAAGACAAAUCAGACAUCCAGUUAAAUGUGACUUACCCUAAAAGCAAACACACAUAAUCGCAAUUUGUAUUGUUGGAGCAGGUUUGGCUCCUUAAUCUGUUUUGCGCACAAAUGACUAUGUUGUACACUCCACCUCGAUGGAGGGAGAGCAAACAGCCCAGGAGUUGUAUUGCACGUGCUCGCUUUAAAUUGAAAUAAAGAAACUUUCAUCCACA